CUGCAGGUGUCUGCUUUUCUUUUUUCUUUUUCUUUCUUUCUUUCUUUUUAAUUUCUAACACGUCUAUGCACGGCGUGUCUGGUUUGACAUGUUGCAUAAGGUAUCUUAAAGCAACUCUCUAGAAACAGUUCGCUUGCGCUCCUCCAGGUUUUUUGCGAGCAUGUCAAAUGGAAAUAUCAGAGACUUUGACGAAAUCACGUCUUUUCUGGGCGACUACGGGCUCUUUCAAAUUCUCGUUAUGGUUCUGCUCAGUGUAAGUACAAUGCCCGCAGGAUACAUGGGUGUAAUUGUGGUUUUUGUUUCGGAUACACCCGAACAUUAUUGCAGAAGCCCAAACAGCUCCUCGCGCAACGGCACAGAGUGGGAACAGGAGAAUGGUUUCCAUGACCGGGGCAGCUGGAUGGGACCGGGCAGCUGCUCUCGAUACAAGCUCAAUGAAAACUGGACAGAAAAAGCAGCCGGCUUCAAUGACACAGAACAGUGUUUGGACGGCUGGGUUUUCAGCACUGACAAAUACACCACCACCAUCGUUUCUGAGUGGGAUCUUGUGUGCGACAAUGCAUGGAAAGUCCCUUUCUCCACCUCUUUCUUCUUUGUGGGGGCACUUAUUGGAUCUUUUAUUAGUGGACAUCUAUCAGACCGAUUUGGUAGAAAGCCAGUAUUUUUUUUCACUAUGAUCCUACAAACAGUCACCGCUUUGAUCCAGGUCACCUCCGUCAGCUGGGUGAUGUUCACUAUCCUCAACUGUCUAAGAGGACUUGGCCAAAUUUCCAAUUUCAUUGCAUCACUCGUACUCGGUUCUGAAAUGCUGAGUAAGUCUGCCAGGGUGACCUACAUUCUGCUGGGACACAGUCUUGGGUUUGGCUUUGGUUAUGCCUUAUUGCCCCUCUUUGCUUACUUCAUACGUGGCUGGAGGAUGCUGCUGGUUGCUGCUGCCCUCCCAGGCUUCCUAUUUAUUCCAACGUGGUGCUUGAUUCCUGAGUCGCCUCGUUGGCUUUUGCAGAAAGGUCGAGUGGAGGAGGCUGAGCUUGUCAUACGUAAGGCUGCCCAGUGGAACAGAGUCCCCGCCCCUGAGGUCAUAUUCAGAGCUGGGGAUUGCUUGGAGCUCAUGCAAAAUAAAGAUGAAGAAGAGCAGACAUACACUUACAUGGACUUGAUGCGCACCCAUAACAUAAGGAACAUAACAAUUUUAGGUGUUUUCAUAUGGAUCUCUGUGGCCAUGGUCUACUAUGGGCUCUCUCUCAAUAGCAGCAACCUGCAUGGAAACAUCUACCUCAACUGCUUCAUUUCUGCAGCCAUUGACAUUGUUGUGUAUGUAGCCACCUGGCUUCUGAUUGAUAGGGCUCCACGGCCCACUUUACUCUUCACCACGCUGAUGUUCUGCGGAAUCAUGCUUCUGGUUAUAAAGCUGGUUCCUGAAGACAUGCCCAUCAUGGUCCAGGUGUUGGCUUUGGUGGGAAAGACUGGUGUAUCUGCUGCUUACUGCUUUAUCUACGUGUUUUUCACUGAGCUGAUGCCCACUGUGGUCAGAAACAUGGGCUUGGGGAUCUGCGCCACAGCUGCACGAAUAGGAGCUAUCAUAUGUCCUUAUUUACUUUACAUGGGUCUAUACAGCAAGAUCCUUCCCUACAUCAUUUUUGGCACAGCCAGUAUUAUGGCUGCUGCCGUUAGCAUGUUGUUGCCAGACACCAGAAACAGCAAACUCCCUGACCUUCUCAUCCAGACCAAACACAUCAGACGCUUCUCCUGCUGUUCAAAGGAAGCUCUUUCAACCCGACCUGAUGCAACUGAAGGCUUCAAAGAAGUGAACUAGAGUGCCAUCUACUGAAAGGAAAUCACACAGCAAGUGUGGAAGGACCACAUGCAUUUGAAGAUGAACUACAUGUAUCGUUAGCUUUAAGAUGUGUCUGUAGGACUGUGAGAGGUUAAUCUGAAGAAAGUUAACUGAGCUUCUUUGUUCUUGUCAUGCAGAAUUAGUGAUAUACUUAAAUUCCUGGGUUUACACUUUCUCCAUCCAGAGUCUUAAAUGGUGCUUUUGUUUUUGGCCUACUUGAUUGUUCGUCUGUUUGUUUUUCAGAAUGUAUUUUUAUGCA